UACCGCCCUUCGCUUUUCGCGCGCUCGCGGUUGGUUGUGGUGUUCAGUGCGGCAGUGCUGCGUUCUCUGAGGUGUAGCGCUCCCUCGUGGUGAAGUGGCCGACAACGAUGAAAAGAAAUGAAGCCUUUGAAGCCCUAUGCUGCAGUGAUGGGUUUUGGCUGGAAGAAGUCGUCAUGGUGGUCUGAGCCAGAAGGAAAGAGGAUGACCCCGACCGUAAAAGACGUGAAUUCUAUCAGUCAAUAAUACAGAAUAAGCAGUUGAAGCAAACCUCAAAUCGGUCACUACAAAAUAUGAGCAAACGUGAAAGUUCUUGCACUGCUAGUCAGAACCAGACAAUGAAUAUUAAGUCAGAAACCUUCCUUGUAAACAGACAGCACUCGGCCAUAAACGUCUAUAAGCAUCACGAUGAGAUGAUAAGGUUAAAAUCCACCACCGGUAAUGUUACAACCUUUAGUCAAGGUAGAGAAAUUUGGUCUGUAGAAGAAGAAAUGCAUCAAGAAACAAACUAUGCAUUUUCUGUACACAACUGUGUCACUACAAUAGUUGAUGAGUAUGUGUAUCAGGAUGACCGUGAGUCUAAAUGUUCCCCGAACACUUCUCAUGCAGUCCAUGGCUAUCAGUCUGGUGAGUCCAAGAUGAGCGAUAUCCAGCGUUUGUGCAAAGGUUGUAAACAUCUUUACAAGAAAGUGAGAAAAAGAAAUCCCAUCAUUGAAGACCCAAACACUACAGAUCCAAGCCUCUGGUAUAGUCAAUCCUGGGUAUUUAUAAAUAAAGUUCCAGCAAGAAGAUCAAAAACAUUUAAGAGAAGUUUGGGGAGUGUAUUGAGGAGUCUUGGAGGAAUGCAGCCUUCCAGAGGUACUUCAGCUGCUAGGAUUUACUGGACAUGUUACAGACCUCCCUUGUUUCUGAAGAGAAAUAUUCGCUUACACAAAGAAAAACAAAAGAAAUUGUUCGAAAAUGAAGGCAGAAAGAGAAAACAACCAAACUCUGGACAUAAAUUAAAGAAGCCUAAAAAGGCUGUGAGCAGCAACCAACCAGAGAAGUCACAGAGAAGCAAAAUAGCAGGAGAGACACACAGCUUUGUAUUAGAGUCAAGUCAGGAAGAAGAGACAGGUCCUGACAUUAAGAGGUUUAAGCUAGAAAUCAAGAAUGCAGGAAAGAAACCUUCAGUGACACACAGAGAGACCAGCAACUCAACAAGCUCUUGUCUAGCACAUAGUCCUACUCCAUGUUCUGGUCCCAUGAUGCCUCUAGGAGUCACUGGGCCAGCUGGGCAUUGUCCCUUACUGCCUGCUGAGUAUUCAUUGCAGAUUGGAAGUUUUAAAGAGCAACUGGAGAGGCUGAACAUGGGACUUUUAAAGAGUGCUAUCGUAAAGGAAAACUAGGAAUCUUAGCUGGACUAUUCUGUUAUAGCUCAUAUAAUGUAAACGUUUCUUAUUUUACUGUUCUGUGAAACUUUUUUUUAGUUUACUUAUUUUCCAAAUUUUGUUUAAACUGGAUUAUAACUUGGAGUUGUAAAUUAUUAGUUUUUUUUUUUUUCAUUUUGAGAGGGUUGGAUUUAGUAUGGGUAUUAAACAAAAUAAAUCUGGCCAUUCAUGGUAUAGUUUGAUCGAUUUUUAUGUUUUCUAUAAUCCCCAUUAGGGCUAAUGGAUAUAACAGAGGGGAUUGCCCAAGGAGAGGUUGUGCAGUUGUGACAUAGACUAUAUCCUGCUCCUUUCUAUGUGUUUUCUAAUAUUAUUUUAUUUAUAUUUGUUAUUAAUAGGUUGAUAAAUCUGUAUACACUUAAAAAAAGCUUAAGGGAGAUAUAUUAAUAACAAACCAUAAAAAAAGGUUUAAAUGUGGCUACUUAAUUAACAAUAUAACCAGAAAAUAUAUCUGUCAGUAAAAGACUUCUGGCUUACAAGUGUGUUCAUGAGUUUGUAACCAAUAUCAGAAACAUUAUUAAUAAAGUUUUUGUUGAUUUGUCAGUCUU